AAGUCAUCUAUCGGCUGUUCGGUGACAACAACUUCAAGCAGGCACCGCCUCUCGAAGCCAGCGAAAGAGAGUUCAAAAUAAAGAACGUUCCUUCGCAGGUAAAUGUAUUUUUUGAUUACCGUUAGUCAAGGAAAAUGGCGUCGAUUACAUUGGCCUUUCUUCAAUUCUCUUUUUAAUUAUCUGAGAAGUAUCGACGCUACGCUCUUCUACGACACACAGCAAUUAAGUUCCCAAUUUCACAAAUUGUAUCUUUCAUCUCAGGAGUGUAUCGUAGUCUGCGUGGUCUCGUUGGAGGAAACCAACAUUACCCCGGCGAACGUGCCCUACAACCAAUGCAGGGAGAUAAGAACGGAAAAUUCGCCAACGUCCAACAUGGACAAAAUCACUAUCGCUGCUAGUGCGGCCAUAUGCGCCACGAUAGUGGUUGCCGUAAUAAUAUUCAUCGUCGCGAACCGUCGAAGGGCCAGGAAACUCCACACGCUUCACAGCAUCGAUCAAACAAAAAUGGGCGGUCCAAUCGCUGGAUUGCCGGUUAACUGUUGCUCUAAUGUUGGUCCAACACCCAGCCCUGGUGGGCCGUUGUCUUCAAUGGCAACACUCAGUGCUUACAAUGCUCAAAAGGAAUGGGACCAAGUGUCUGCAUACAGCAACAGAAGCAUACCAAGACCAAGGAUAUUUCCUGUGGACCGACAAGGGUCGAUAACAAGAGCUUCCUGCAUUGACGAGGUCAGAUCUCAGACAGGACACUACAGUGGAAAGGUAUCAACCCGGUCCGUAGUCGAUGGUCAGUCGCAACACAGUUUUUCAAACACUUCUACAAGAUACUUUGCAAACAACACUUUGUCAUCCAAUCUGGCCAGCACGAGACCAGAGCUAAGACAGUCUCGACAGUCCCUGGCAGCAGCUUCCGACAGAAUGCCACGAACAAACUUCUCACCGAGUCACAUGCCAUCGCACACUUCCUCCAGAAGGCAGAGACCACGGUCAUGUAACCGCACCUUGGAGCAGAAUCCACCUCGACCGGGUAGCCGAUACAGUAUAGCUGACUCGACGCAUACUCUCAACCAUUACGAAGAAAACAAUUGGACCGAUCAUGACAUGGACAUAUACAUGGCACGUAACCCAACCACGAGGACUGGUCUCAUGCCUCUUUAACUCGACACACGAUAUGUGUACGGUUUUGCUCAAACGUGUUCAGUGACAAUCUUUUUUGGAGCAUUUGGACUGCUCUCACUCGAUUAGGUGUAUCAUACAUGACAUUUUAGGAGAUAUAAAAUUCGUAAAUAGUUUAGUGUUUAUUAGUAUAAUUAUUGCAGCCUAUGUUAUUGCAAGUAUCAACGUUGGGAGCAGCAUUGUGAGCAUCUACAAGACUGAGAGGUACCUCUGCCAUCUCUCAAUUAUAAAUCAUUUCUUUCUCCUGCUCAGAUACUUUCUCAUAGCUAUGCAAAGUGGUCUUUAAUGUAUUCCUUCUGAUUAAUAUCUUUUAGAAUAAAUUAGAAAAUACAGUUUCAUCGCUAUGCAAUAACAGUAUUUGAGUGUUUCUGAAUAAUCCUUAAGUAAAUUGCAUUGUGUAAAUUGCAGAUGCCUAAAAUGCUGCUCUUAAUGUAGCAAUAUGAAUGAGAAUGCUCUAUACGUGUAGCUUUAAGGAAGUUAAUAUAAAGUAUUUUAAAACGCACAUUAAGAAAAUACACUAUGUGUGCUUGAAUCAAACGUUAAGAAUCGCUUAACUCGGGCACACGAUCUCUAGAAAUAAUUUUAGUAAUAAGUCAUAAGUGUGUCAAGAUUAAUGAGUAUGAAUGUGUUUUUAUCCAAAGACUAUAUCAUAAAAAAAAAGAA